CUCUGAUUUCAUGUGUUUCUAAUCAUGAAACAAAAAGUCUGUCUUCCACCGUGAUGAUCAGUGCGUCCAGGUGAACGUGCAAAUUAUUAAUUAUUUUUUCAUACUAUUCUCAACGGAGUCAGAAUACAUGAACUGACAUGUAGUCUGCUGAUUGGUGAUGUGAACCUCCAGAAACCUUUCAAAUUUUCCCGUCCACAUUUAACGUCCAGAACGUUUUGUAUGACUGCAGAAGACAAACACGAACAUCAGCGUAUUAAAAGUCACAUCAACCGCAAGGGGGCGAAGAGGGAGAGACAAGCCCCAGACUCCCUUGUAAAAUCUCUCCAUUUUGUGAGUUUUUGAGUUAGGAGACACUUUAUAAACUCCGUGGGGCGCGCUGUGUGUCUGAUCCUUCAAUAUUUGGGCCUUCUUGUAAAUUCGGCAUGUGUUUUAGCCUCGUUGUCGGUCGUGCUGCGGCCCCCUCGGUCCAGCUGGAUGACUCUCAGUCAUCACACGCCUCUUCUGGGUGUUUCUUCCUCAGUUUAGUUUCCGUUUCUGACAGUUGUGGCGCACGCAGUUUUCUCCGUCUGAGCCUCCAGCUGAAGAUGAAAGUGUGCAUGAGUUGAGCAGCAUGAAUCAGUGUGAGGACAGAGAGGAUGGAGGCCCUCCCUCUAAAACCACUGGACCUGGACCUGGACCUGAUGCUGGACCUGGACCUGAGCCCAGCUGUGUGUCCUUCAAGAGCGACCAGUCAAUAGAUCGUUUCAUUGAAUUUAAACAAGAACAUUCACCAGACAGACAACUCAACCGGGAGAGCUCAGAGGUUCCCAGAGGUCAGUCUGUCCAGCACCAUCAAACACACCUGGACUCCAUAUUUAUGCUGCUGGAGGAGAACAUUGUCACUUUUGUGAGGAACGAACUGAAGAAGGUCCAGAGGGUUCUGAGUUCAGAUUGCUCAGAAUGCUUUGAGAGUCAGAGGGAGGACGAGGAGGUGUUGGAUGGUGAGGAUGAAGAGCAGAGGAGGAGCAGCAGAGAGGCAUUUCUGAAGAUCACACUUCACUUCCUGAGGAGAAUGAAGCAGGAGGAGUUGGCUGACUGUCUGCAAAGCAAAUCUCUUGGAAUGUGCCGACUUAAUCUGAAAUCUAACCUGAGGACGAAGUUCCAGUGUGUGUUUGAGGGAAUCGCUAAAGCAGGAAACUCAACCCUUCUGAAUCAGAUCUACACAGAGCUCUACAUCACAGAGGGAGGGACUGCAGAGGUCAAUGAUGAACAUGAGAUCAGACAGAUUGAAACAGCAUCCAGGAAACUAGACAGACCAGAAACAAAAAUCAAACAAGAAGACAUCUUUAAAGCCUCACCUGGAAGAGAAGGACGAAUUAGGACAGUGAUGACAAAGGGAGUGGCUGGCAUCGGGAAGACAGUCUUAACACAGAAGUUCACUCUGGACUGGGCUGAAGACAAAGCCAACCAGGACAUACAGUUCACAUUUCCAUUCACUUUCCGAGAGCUGAAUGUGCUGAAAGAGAAAAAGUUCAGCUUGGCGGAACUUGUUCAUCAUUUCUUCACUGAAACCAAAGAAAUCUGCAACUUUGAAGAGUUCCAGCUUGUGUUCAUCUUUGACGGUCUGGAUGAGUGUCGACUUCCUCUGGACUUCCACAACACUGAGGUCCUGACUGAUGUUACAGAGUCCGCCUCAGUGGAUGUGCUGGUGACAAACCUCAUCAGGGGGAAACUGCUUCCCUCUGCUCGCCUCUGGAUAACCACACGACCUGCAGCAGCCAAUCAGAUCCCUCCUGAGUGUGUUGACAUGAUGACAGAGGUCAGAGGGUUCACAGACCUACAGAAGGAGGAGUAUUUUAGGAAGAGAUUCAGAAAUGAGGAGCAGGCCAGCAGAAUCAUGUCCCACAUCAAGACCUCACGAAGCCUCCAUAUCAUGUGCCACAUCCCAGUCUUCUGCUGGAUCACUGCUACAGUUCUGGAGGAUGUGUUGAAGACCAAAGAGAGAGGAAAGCUGCCCAAGACCCUGACUGAGAUGUACAUCCACUUCCUGGUGGUUCAGUCCAAAGUGAAGAACAUCAAGUAUGAUGGAGGAGCUGAGACAGAUCCACACUGGACUCCAGAGAGCAGGAAGAUGAUUGAGUCUCUGGGAAAACUGGCUUUUGAGCACCUGCAGAGCAGCAACCUGAUCUUCUAUGAAUCAGAUCUGACAGAGUGUGGCAUCGAUAUCAGAGCAGCCUCAGUGUAUUCAGGAGUGUUCACACAGAUCUUUAAAGAGGAGAGGGGACUUUACCAGGACAAGGUGUUCUGCUUCGUCCAUCUAAGUGUCCAGGAGUUUCUGGCUGCUCUUCAUGUCCACCUGACAUUCAUCAACUCAUGUGUCAAUCUGCUGGUAGAGGAACAAACAAUAGACAAUCAAUCUGCUCAGACACAUCUCUACCAGAGUGCUGUGGACAAGGCCUUACAGAGUCCGAAUGGACACCUGGACUUGUUCCUCCGCUUCCUCCUGGGUCUUUCACUGCAGAACAGUCAGAUUCUCUUAAAAGGUCUGAUGACACAGACAGGAAGUUGCUCAGAGACUAGUAAGGACACAAUCUGUUACAUUAAGGAGAAGUUUGAAAAGACUCUGCCUGCAGAGAGAAGCAUCAAUCUGUUCCAUUGUCUGAAUGAACUGAAUGAUCGUUCUCUAGUGAAGGAGAUCCAACAGUACCUCAGUUCAGGAAGUCUCUCCACAGAUGAACUGUCCCCUGCUCAGUGGUCAGCUCUGGUCUUCAUCUUACUGACAUCAGAAGAAGAUCUUGAUGUCUUUGACCUAAAGAAAUACUCUGCUUCAGAGGAGGCUCUUCUGAGGCUGCUGCCAGUAGUCAAAGCCUCCAAGAAAGCCCUACUGAGUGGCUGUGACCUCUCAGAUAGAACCUGUGAAGCACUGUCGUCAGUUAUCAGCUCCCCGUCCUCUAGUCUGAGAGAACUGGAUCUAAGUAACAACAACCUGCAGGAUUCAGGAGUGAAACGGCUGUCAGCUGGACUGAAGAGUCCACACUGCAACCUGGAAAGUUUUAGUCUGUCAGGCUGUCUGAUCACAGAGGAAGGCUGUACGUAUCUGGCCUCAGCUCUGAACUCCAACCCCUCCCAUCUGAGAGAGCUGGACCUGAGCUACAAUCAUCCAGGAGACUCAAGAGUGAAGCUGCUGUCUGCUCUGGAGGAUCCAGGCUGGAGACUGGACACUCUCAGGGUGGAGCCUGCUGGACUCCGAUGGUUGACGCCAGGUCUGAGGAAGUAUUCCUGUGAGCUCACAGUCGACACAAACACAGUCAACAGAAAGAUCAAAUUGUCUGACAACAACAGGAAGAUGACAUGUGUGGAAGAGGAUCAGUCAUAUCCUGAUCAUGCAGAGAGGUUUGAGUACUGGUGUCCUCAGCUGCUGUGCAGAACUGGUCUGACUGGUCGCUGUUACUGGGAGGUCGAGUGGAGAGAAGAUGUUUCUAUAUCAGUGAGUUACAGAAGAAUCAAAAGGAGAGGUGACAGUAGAGACUGUGAGUUUGGAAUGAAUGAUCAGUCCUGGAGUCUGAGGUGCUUUAAUGGUCGUUACUAUACCUGUCACAAAAACAGACAAACAUUCAUCGCCGCUGCCACCUCCUCGUCCUCUUCCUCCUCCUCAUCCUCUUCCUCUUCUUCCUCCUCCUUCUCCUUUUCUGGUAGAGUAGCAGUGUAUGUGGACUGUCCUGCUGGCACUCUGUCCUUCUACAGAAUCUCCUCUGACUCACUGAUCCACCUCCACACCUUCAACACCUCAUUCACUGAACGUCUUUAUCUUGGAUUUGGGUUCUGGCCUGGGUCCUCAGUGUAUCUGUGUAGUGUUUAGUCUGCAGAGUCUCCUCCUGUCACAGAAACAUUGUCAGUGCUGAACAGUUGAGGCUGUACAGGAUCACAGUCACAUCAAACUUUCAGCUACUUGUAAUAAAUUCAUCAGUGAACUUUGUACAAAAUGAUUCAAACUGAUUGAAAAGAUUCUGAAGAAUUUCUGUGAGGUUCUGAGGUUGUGGGUUCAAGCCUGGAGUUAGAAGCGUUAAGAAAAGAAGGACACGUAUCUGAUGACGUCACAUCCACUGCAUGUGUAACAAUGAUAAUAAUAAUAAUGAUAAUAAUAAGCUUUACUCAUAUAGCAGUUUUCACAGUUAAAAAGGGCUUUAUUAGGUUGGAACGUGACAAACAUGUCAGAGUUGAGGCCAAUAACAGCAGAAAUUUCUAAAUAAUACAAUAAAUAAAGAGCAAUGUGGAUGAUAUAAAAUGUUGAAAUAAAACAGCGCGGUGGCAGCACUAAUAAAAGACUUCCUGCUGAUUUGAAAUAUGUCAGUGAUUGUGCCGCCUCAGAAACACCACUGAAUGUUUACGUCAUUUGAUUCCAUGACGACAAACAGUUAAAUAUGUGCAGUGAAAUGUAACAGACUGAGAUACAUACAGACUGAACAGUCAGUGUGUUUACAUGCACAUCUUAGUCGGAUUACAGCCAUAGUUCGACUAUGCUACUCAAUCAGACAACUGCAAUUAUCCGAGAACACAUGCCGGUGAGAAAAUCGUUUUAUUGGGCCAGAGAAUGUCAUACCCCGGUACAAUAGGUGGCGCUGUACCCAUUUCAUCCAGUGGGAACAGAAACACAUCCGGCUGACCUCUUUACGUCACCAGCUGCCUCGGCAUUCAAGAAAGAUGGCGUAAGAAGAGCGAGACGAAGUUAUAUCUUUGUACAAUUCGUAUAUGGUGUACAUGACAUAUACACAAACUAGAUGCACAAUGGUGCUCUUUGUUGCGGUGAUUUCGGAGGAAAGUGUGACAUGAACUCACUGUAUAUGCAACAGCUGUGGUUUCUUUUCACCAGCAGAGGGUGCUAACGUAGUACAAUUCCAGCAGAAUGAUACUGACUAAAGAGCCAGAGAGACUUGGAAAGUGUUGAGAAAUACUUAAAGCUGAGGCUUCACACAAACAUAUGAUUUUUACUGUAAUAAACUUCAUUAAAACACAGAGUUUACAAAGGUGCUCUGACAAUCAAGCAGGAAACUCAGGACGACAAUGUGACAGAAUAAAAAGUGAAGAGCAGAGACGAACAUGAGAAAGUUUGAGGUUAAAACAAGGCAGAACAGAACAUGUAGAAACACAAACAGUAAAAUUAUAAAAGAUAAAACAGGCAAAAUCACAGGAUAAGAAAAAAAAGGACUGAAAAAGUAAAUCAAUGAAGGAUGAUCGGUGAAAAGAUUAUAAGCAGACAAUAAUAUUUGUGCAAUACCUUUUACUUAUAGUGGAUUUUUUAUACAUCACUUAUUUGGUGUGACAUUUUUGACUUAAUACAAUCUUGAAUACAUAUGGUACAUGCACUUUCUGUGUGCGUGCAUGAACAUUGAUUGUGAAAUUGACUGCUAUGCAAGGGGGCACCAGCUAAAAUCACAUCGCACUGAUCACUGUAUCCUGACAUUUCCCUCCUGUGCGAUACGUGUAAACAGGACACAGGUACACUUGCCCACCAGCUGCAGCAAUGCCCCUGUCUACACUUCUGGGCUCUCAUAUUAGACUACAUAUUUAAGUCCUAUAAUAUAACAACAGUACCGGACCCUAUCUGUGAACCCUGCCAUAGAUGGCCACAUUGCUCAGGCCAUCUCAUUCUGCACUUUACUAAUGGAAAUCUGAGUCUAGCCCUACUGAGGGGGCUCGGAAUUGCAAUUCAUAUGGAACACCAUCAUUAUACUCUUGGCAACAAGGAAAAUGUCGCCUUGUACAUUUUUUUUCUUUGUAUUUCCAUAUUGUUCCAUUUUCUCUAAAAAGUGUUCUUUAUAUUUGUGCUCUGCUUAAA